CCUCGGUCUCGGGUCGCCCCGAUGUCCUCGUCCACUCGCUCCCUCUGACGUCUCGGUCCCUCCCGCAGUUGGUGGAGUCUGAACGCAGUUCCCGGCGGCCCUUGCUGGGAAGGGGCGGGGGACAGGUGAGUGGCCGCCCGCCCCCGCUCUCCAGCACCUCCCAGAUGGGCAGUGGGAGGUUCUGGAGGCCGUGUCCAGGCUCUGAACUGCGUUAGGUCUGUGGACUGGCUGGCAGUGGGCUGCAGACAUGUCCCAGUCGCCGGCCUUUGUCCUCAAUGUCCUCGAGACCCCAGAGGACCCAGAGGGCCAAGAGCCCAGCCCCUAUGAUGAGAGCGAAGUGCAUGACUCCUUCCACCAGCUCAUCCAGGAGCAGAGCCGCUGGGUGGCCCAGGAGGGGCUGGAGCUGCAGCAGAGACAGCCGGAGACUGGCGCCCUGGGGGCCUCAGGCAGCGACCACGAGAACCUGCCAGGGCCUGAGGGUGCCCCUGUCUACAGCAUGGCCACGCUCCGCAUCUUGGCCAGCAUGCCCAGUCGCACCAUCGGCCGGAGCCGUGGCGCCAUCAUCUCCCAGUACUACAGCCGCACGAUGAAGCUGCGUCGCAGGGCCGGCCGGCCACAGCUCAGGGACAUGGGCCGAUCAGCCCGGCCCAGCCUCCGCCUGUACGACCUGGAGCUGGACUCUGCGGUCCUGGAGGAGGAGGAGAAGCGGGGCCUCCUGGUGAAGGAGCUUCAGGGCCUGACGGCGGCCCAGCGGGACCACAUGCUCCGGGGGAUGCCCCUGAGCCUGGCCGAGAAACGCUGCCUGCGGGAGGAGAGCCGGCCCCUGAGGGGCAAGCAGAGGGCCCAGCGGCGCCAUGGACUCCUCUCCUGCUGUGGCCUCCUGAGAGCCGUCCUGUUGCUGUCCCCACAGGCCUCGCACAACCUGGGGCUGGCGCUGCUCUCAGGACUGCAGGCCCUGAUGCCCUGGCGCUACGCCCUGAAGCGGAUCGGGGGCCGGUUCGGCUCCAGCGUCCUCUCCUACUUCCUCUUCCUCAAGACUCUGCUGGCCUUCAAUGCCCUUCUGCUGCUGCCGCUGCUGGCCUUCAUUGUGGGCGUGCAGGCCGCCUUCCCGCCCGCGCCCGGGGGCCCUGUGCCCGCCUUCACGGGCCUGGAGCUCCUCACCGGUGGGGGCCACUUCACCCACAGCGUUAUGUACUAUGGCUACUACAGUAACGCCACGUUGAACCAGCCGUGUGCCUCCCCACCGAAUGGCAGCCAGUGCCCUCCCGAGGCGGGCAGCCUGCCCUACAACAUGCCCCUGGCCUACCUCUUCACCCUGGGGGCAGCUUUAUUUAUCACCUGCAUCACUCUGGUGUACAGCAUGUCCCGCUCUUUCGGGGAGAGCUACCGGGUGGGCAGCGCCUCGGGGGUCCACGCCAUCACCGUUUUCUGUUCCUGGGACUACAAAGUGACCCAGAGAUGGGCCACCCGCCUCCAGCACGACAACAUCCGAACCCAGUUGAAGGAGCUGCUGGCUGAAGGGCAGUUGCGCCAGCGCCCCCAGAGCGCGUGCGGGCGGCUGCGGCGGGCGGCUGUGCUGGGGAUCGUGUGGCUGCUUUGCCUGGGCACCACGCUGGGCUGCACCCUGGCCGUCUACACCUUCUCGGAGCGCAUGAUCGAGAGCCCAGUGUCCGCUGAGCGGGAGGCGGUCCUGCUGCUGCUGCCUCUGGUGGUUUGCCUCCUCAACCUGGGGGCCCCGUACCUGUUCCGUAUCCUGGCCACCCUGGAGCGGCACGACUCCCCGGUGCUGGAGGUGUACGUGGCCAUCUGCAGGAACCUCAUCCUCAAGAUGGUCACCCUGGGGAUUCUUUGCUACCACUGGCUGGGCCGCAGGGUGGGCACCCUGAAGGACCAGUGCUGGGAGAACUUCGUGGGCCAGGAGUUGUACCGGCUCAUGGUGAUGGACUUCAUCUUCACGCUGCUGGACACACUUCUAGGGGAGCUGGUGUGGAGGCUUUUCUCCGAGAAGCAGCUUAAGAGGAAGGGGAAGCCUGAGUUUGACAUUGCAGGAAACGUUCUGGAGCUGAUUUAUGGGCAGACCCUGACCUGGCUGGGGGUCCUCUUCUCCCCGCUCCUGCCCGCCAUGCAGAUCGUCAAACUGCUGCUCCUUUUCUACAUCAAGAAGGCCAGCCUGAUGGCCAACUGCCAGGCGCCCCGCAGGCCCUGGAAGGCGUCCCACAUGAGCACCGUCUUCGUCUCCCUGCUCUGCUUUCCCUCCUUCCUGGGCGCCGCGGUGUUCCUCUGCUACGCCAUCUGGCAGGUGAAGCCCUCGAGCAUCUGCGGCCCCUUCCGGACCCUGGACACCAUGUAUGAGGCGGGGAAGGUGUGGGUGCGCCACCUGGAGAAGGCGGGCCCCCGCGUCUCCUGGCUGCCCUGGGUCCACCGCUACCUGGUGGAAGACACCUUCCCCAUCUACCUGGUGUCGGCCCUGCUGCUGGCUGUGAUCUACCUCAACAUCCAGGUGGUGAAGGGCCAGCGGAAGGUCAUCUGCCUCCUCAAGGAGCAAAUCAGCAACGAGGGGGAGGACAAGAUCUUCUUGAUCAACAAGCUUCAGCGUGUCUACGAGAAGAAGGAGAGGAGCAGGGCUGGUAGAACCGAGGAGGCCGUGACACCCCCAGCCCUGUUCACAGACUGGGAUGCCCAGUAGGACAGCGCGGGGCUGGCAGUUUGGUUCCUGCGGCCCUGCAGGCAGAUGCCGCCUGGAAACGACCCAGCUGGGACACGAUUGGGGAUGGGGGUCAGGGGGCAGGACUCUGCAGCCCGCCUGAGGCUGGAGCACCCCCUGUGAACCCUCCCCGGCACCCUUAUUUAUUCUGAUUAAACAUGUUUUGCAAAAUGG